AUGAAGCUCCGCAGCAAGGCGGCGGCGCUGCUCCUGCUCGCGCUGGCCGCGCUGCUGCUCGCGCUGCUGUCCCUGCGCGCCGGCCGCGCCGAGCCCCCAGCGCUGCCCGCGCGCCCCGCCGCCGCCCCGCAGCGCCACCUCGCGCCGGCCCCCGCGCGCCGGCCCGCGCCGGCCGCCCUCCCAAGGGCCGACCCGGGAGCCCCGAGGCGCCGGCCCCGGCGUCCGCGCCCCCGAGCCGGCCGCCGGGGCGCGGCGAGCCUGGAGAAGUUGGCGAGGAGACCUGGAGAACUCAGGAGUUUCCAAAAUGGGCUGCCACCCGAGCUCUGGAUCCACCUGGCCGUGGUGGCCUGUGGCGACCGGCUGGAGGAGACACUGGUCAUGCUCAAGUCGGCUGUGCUCUUCAGCCACCGGCGGAUGCGGUUUCACAUCUUCACUGAGGAAGCUCUGAAGCCCGAGUUUGAUAAGCAGUUACGACAGUGGCCUGACUCAUAUACAAAGAAGUUUGAGCACAAAAUCUACCCCAUCACAUUUUCUGCCGGAAACCCUCAAGAAUGGAAGAAAUUAUUCAAACCCUGUGCUGCCCAGAGACUCUUUCUUCCGGUGAUUUUAAAGGAUGUGGACUCCCUUCUCUAUGUGGACACUGAUGUUCUCUUCCUGAGACCUGUCGAUGAUAUCUGGAAGCUUCUGAGGCACUUUAAUUCCACCCAGCUUGCAGCCAUGGCCCCUGAGCAUGAAAUCCCCAAGAUUGGCUGGUACAGUCGUUUUGCUCGUCACCCUUUCUAUGGUGCUGCGGGAGUUAAUUCAGGAGUCAUGUUAAUGAACUUAACACGCAUCAGAAGUACCCAGUUCAAGAACAGCUUGAUUUCAACAGGCCUGGCUUGGGAGGACAUGUUAUACCCUCUGUACCAGAAAUACAAGAAUGCCAUCACAUGGGGAGACCAAGAUUUAUUAAAUAUUAUAUUUUAUUUCAACCCAGAGUGUCUCUAUGUGUUCCCCUGCCAUUGGAACUACCGUCCCGAUCACUGCAUGUACGGAAGCAACUGCAAAGAGGCUGAACGUGAAGGUGUGUCUGUUCUGCAUGGGAACCGAGGUGUCUACCAUGAUGAUAAGCAGCCAACUUUCAAAGCCCUCUACGAAGCAAUACGGGAUUUUCCCUUUCAAGACAAUCUCUUUCAAUCCAUGUAUUACCCUCUUCAGUUGAAGUUUUUGGAGACUGUCCACACUUUAUGUGGACGAAUCCCACAAGUUUUUCUGAAGCAAAUUGAGAAAACAAUGAAAAGGGUUUAUGAGAAACACAUCAUCAUCCAUGUCGGCCCCAACAGGAUGCACUGAAGAUUUCAUGCUGUUUUCCUUUUGAUUUUUGAAUUGUAAGCAAAUCAUUCAGGCAUCUCAUGAUCAAGGAAAUGUUACUCUUGAUGUUGCCUGGAUGGUUUUUGUAUGGAUAUUGAAUGGUGCUCCGUGACUAUUGAGUUUAAAAGGCUCUGUUAAAUUUUGCUAAAUUAGUUGCCCCUAAAAGGGAAUGUGCUUUUCUUUAGUUUUUUUUUCCCUAAAAUGUUCUUUAAAAAAAAAAAAAAAAAAUCACUCAUAUAAAAUUGUUUGAGCAGGGUGAGCUGUCUGAAAAUGAACAUUUGUGAGCCUUCCAGUUCCUGGUGUCUUAAAUCAUUUCAGUGUCAUCUGAUAUAUUUAGGUAGCAUUCCUGAGACUCUUUCUAUGCAAUUCCUCCCACCAUUAUAAAAGUAAUACAUACUUGUUAUUUUAAAAAAAAAAAACUUUUAGAAAAUACAGGUCCAUGGAGCAAAAUCAAGAUUAGCCAGCUCCUACCAACCAAUGGAAAAGGUUGUUGUCAUUUUAAUGUAGUUCCUCCCAGUCUUUUUUUUUCUUUUCCUGUAUUUAUUUGCUGACUGUGUUUUCCAUUAUAAUACAUAUCUAAAACAGUCUGAGUACACGCUGGCCCCUAUGCUGAGAUGUGUAUGUAGGAGAUAAAAGGUUAGAUAAGAUGAAGAUUAUGUUUACAGUGCUUUAUUUAAAAUACAUCUGGGGAAGCACUCAGAUUUCAGUGAAUUGGACAGUGUUAAGAGGAUGAUGCAGGUCUGGGGGUGUUUCUCAAGAAAAAUUGUUUAGUUUUGUUGAAGACUAAACCCUAUGCAACAAUAGCUUCUGAAAGGAAGUUCAAUAACUGUGUUAAACCCAAGGGGUUUGUUUAGCCAAAAGAUGUGAUUUGUGUUUACCCACAGACAAAAACAUUUUCUCUCAAGUCAUCAGGAGUUGUGGCCAUCUGUUUUUUUUUAAACUCUUGAGCAAUAGGUGGAAAUCAAAGACCACCUUCAAAGUUAAAGUGUACCAAAUAUAUAGUUGAGCUAAUUCCACUGGCAAAAAAAAAAAAAAAAAAAAUUCGACUUCUUAAGAGCUUUAGAAAGGUCCUUAAAAAAAAAAAAAAUUUUUUUUUUUCCCUCUAGGGUUACCCAGCUGUAAGCCAAGGAUCCGGGCAGGUCUUAUCUCCUAGCUACAGUAGAGGAAGUUCAAUAUUCUAUUCCCCAAAGGUAUCUGAUUGAAUCCAGUUGGUAUCAGCAUAAGGACAUUUUGCAUAAAAUGCUUUAUUCAUCUCAAGUGGUUUAUGCAUAAAUGAGCUCCUUGAUUUGCAACAGCCUAGUGAGUUUAGUAGGGCAUAUAUCAUCCCUAUUGGGUAAAUAAGGAACUUAUUACAGAAAGAAAUGAACAUACCCAGUACAAUUGCUAUUCUGUAAGACAUGGAAACCUUAGUGGUGUAGUGGUUAAGAGCUAUGGCUGCUAACCAAAAGGUUGGCAGUUCAAAUCUACCAGGUGCUCCUUGGAAACUCUAUGGGGCAGCUCUACUCUGUCCUAUUGGGUCUCUAUGAGUUGAGAUUAACUUGAUGGUAAUGGGUUUGUUGGUUGUUUUUUCUUUUUUGGUUUAUAAGGCACACAGGUAUGAAUAAGAUGUAUUCCAUUGUACAGAGGCAUUUUUGGAAAUAAAAAUACUAAGUAUUUCCAUCAUGUGUAGAAAGUGAUCUUAAAGUGUAAAAUAAAAAAAUACUCUUUUAUUAGUAUAAGUGUGCUGUUGUUAGGUGCCAUCGAGUCGGUUCUGACUCAUAGUGACCCUAUAAAUACAGUAGCCUAUAUAUUGGGAUCCAGUAGUAUAGCAUAGGUUUUAUAUCAGCAGAAGUCUUACCCUGAAAAGAUACAUGAAAUAUAUUACAAUCUCCGCACUACAAAGAAAUAUGUAGGUAUCAAUCACUAUUUGUAUGCAACACCAUUAUGGCAGUAACAAAGUUAUAUCUAAAAUGUUAGGGUAAUAACUCAUUGGGGUUUUUUUGCUUGCUGGUUUGUUUGGAUCAGCUAACUGACCUGUGGUUUGUUCAUUUUGUUAAGAAACUACUGUUAUGAUGUGAAACGCUUAUCUUUGCUGUUGAAUUUGAUGAUUCCUCAUUUUACCGUUAGAGCUGACAUCGUUAUUUUAUAUUUUUGGUUCUAGGUCUGCCAUCCUUGGUCUGGGUACUUAAGAUGAGGGAAACGCAUACUCUAUACCCACAAAUAGGGUUUCAGUGAAGGAGCCAGCAGGUGAACAUGAUUCCCUCACCUCCAUGAUCAUUUUCUUUCUACUUAUUCAGCAUGGCCAGUAAACCCCACAGGUGUCACUUGGAUUGAUUGGUAGCUCAAAUCCCUUCCCUUCCUUUGGCUAGUCUCACAGAAAAAUCUGCUCUAAAGACUUUGGGUACAGCAAUGCCUUUUUCUUUCGUGAGGGCCAGGUUUACCCACAAUGCUCAACUAUUGGUGCUCAUCUGAAUAAGCUGGGCAGGAUUUCCAGCAGUCACUGAUAGACCUCUAGAAUAUUCUAGAAUGAUAAAUGUCGGACCUUGGAACCUGGUAUAAUUUUAUACCUUGGAACUCCUCUGCUGUAUCCCAAAGUUUUAGGUAGAUUUGGAAGAGGAUUUAGGGACAAUUUGCUCUGCUUCCAAUCCUCACUACCUGAAAGUGCUAAUUAUUUUCUAUACUCAGGAGGUUACCAGGAGGCAGUAUUUUUUCUGCCUUUGAUAACUGCUACUUUAAAAAAAAAAAAAAAAAAAACCGUUGCCGCCGAGUAGAUUCCGACUCAUAGCGACCCUAUAGGACAGAGUAAAGCUGCCCCAUACGGUUUCCAAGGGGUUUUAAAAUCUGGGAACCACAAAUUUAGUAUACUUCUAAAACAUACAGUCUAUGGGCUAAAGUUUGGCAAAAGUUGCGUUACCCUGUGCCAUACCAAAACAAAACCAAACCUGUUGCCCUCAAGUCAAUUCUGACUCAUAGUGACCCUACAGGACAGAGUAGAACUGCCCCCAUAGAGUUUCCAAGGAGCACCUGGUGGAUUCGAACUGCCAGCCUCUUGGUUAGUAACUGUAGCACUUAACCACUAUGCCACCAGGGUUUCCCCUGUGCCAUACUGAAUCCAUAUUGGGAAGAGCAUGAGGCUGGUUCUUUCCUCUGCCCCUCAAGCCCUCCUCCUUUUUCCCCUCCCCUUGUUUCUUUUUAAAUUUUGUUUAAGGUAUAUGACUAUGGCGUUCCAUUGGAGAGUGAAAAGAUAUUUUCUAAUAGCAAAAUGUGAUAGUAUCUUUGUAUGCAUAGAGAUCGAGCCUUUUAAUAGCAGCAUGAGAAAAAAAAAAUUUUUUUUUUCUUGGUUGAAAUGCUGACAGCAUUUUCUUGCUGAAUUUUCUCCACUAUAAAUCUCAGAAAUUAUGACUUACAUUGAAAAGUCCAAUAUUUGAAAAAUUAACCGGCCAGAAAAUCAAUUUGAGUUUUUCUUUCACUUCCAAAAUGACCAUUUAGCAUUUUGUGUACACCACCACAAGGUUUAGUAAUUUAUCUGAAAUACUUUCUAUUUCAUAUUCAGUGCUUCCAUUGCAAAUUGUUUUGACUUUUGCUGAAUUUAUCUUGAAAAUGGGCAUUUAUAUGGACUCAUAGAGGUUUGAUAAUUAUUUUUCUAUGGUAUUUGUAAGCAAAAAAAGCCACAAACAUACAAAACCUAACCACAGUCACAGAAAAGUGACCCAAUAAGGAAAUAAUCAUCCCAACUCAUCCUGAAAACAGGGCAACAAUCUUACAAAUUUAGAUCUAUGUGUAAACAUUGCCUGGUAUUUAUACAUAGUAGAUAAAUUGUCUUUGAUAAACCAAAAUGAACAUAAAUUCAUAACUGAAUUCAGAAAUAUGUUGAAUUUCACAGGAGUACAAAUCAUUAUAUUCUUAUUUAAUAAAAUGGUAGGCAAGCUUUCUUAUGUUUUUCUGUUCCUCUCCUACCUUUUCAUUGUCCUCUUUUUCAUUUUUGCCUUUCCCUUUCUAUGUAUGAUGUAAGCUUCUGAGGAGUACCAAAAGGCUUGACUUUAUCAGCAGAGUGGUGGGCCUUGGGGGGAACCCUGUGCAGGCUGAAUGAAGUUCUAAUCCUUCCAUCAAACCUUUAUGCUACAAGUUUUUCAGAACUUAAAAACACACACACACACACACACACACACACACACACAGAGGACACAUGCAAUAGACACACAACAUAAACCUCUUAAAGGAGCAGCCAGCAUGUGUUUAUACUCUGAAUGGAAGAAUUUAGACAGUGAAACCUUAGGUCAAAUCAUUUCACAAUUGCAGCAUUGGUAUUUAAAGCAGAUGGAACUUCUCUAGCAAAGAGACGGAGAGCUCUGUCCUGGUUUUUUUGUUCUUUGCAGGUCAAAACUGGAAAUACUCUCUUGAGUCUUCGACACAAAGUGCUCGUGUUUGUUUCACCAUAUGCAUAAAUAUGGAAGAAUCAGGUGCAGUUUCCUCUUCAUCAGCUUUACAUGUUUGUGUUGUCAGUGAGAAAGUGCACCCAUUGUUUAUAGCUCCCAAGGAGACCCUGAACACGUUGUUUAUGUUGGAAGGCUUUUUGGGGGUAACUUUUUGUGUGUGUGCAUGUUGUGUGUGAACAUAAAAAAGGUAUUCCAAAGAAAAGGAAUUAUUACAGCAAAUUAAAAGAAACACAACUACAUAUUAGGAUUUAAUUACCAUCUUGUCUUUUUAAAUGCCGCCUCCUGUUUUACCUUUUUUUAAUUAAAAGCUUUUAAAAACCA